AUGCGUGCUCUCACGAUAAUAUUCGCGUUCGUCGCGCUCCAUCAUGUUCAAAGCGCAAAAAUUCUCGGUCUAUUUCCACAUACGGGGAAGAGCCAUCAUAUGGUUUUUGAACCCCUUCUUAAGCAGCUGGCUGAACGUGGACACCAAAUGACAGUCGCGUCAUUCUUUCCCUUAAAAAGUCCACCUUCAAAUUACACCGAUGUCAGUUUCGAAGGUAUCGCUGGUAUAGGUGUCGAGACAUUGGAUAUGUCAUGGUUCGAAAAUCCUAGUUUAGUGUUCCAAUUGCCGUUUGUGGGUGAAAUUUUUAAACAGUUUGCCGGUUUUCAACCUCUCGCCGGAAUGGCUUUAAACGUCUGCGGGAAGGCUAUUGAUUGGCCGCCGCUCGUGGAGGCUUUGAAAGGCGACUACGACAUCGUGAUAGUAGAAAACUUCAGCAGUGAUUGCAUGCUGGGAUUGCUACAUGUUUAUGGAAUUAAAGCACCGAUUGUUGCAUUGUCGUCAUCGAAUGCAGUGCCGUGGGCUGCAGAGCGUAUCGGUUUCGUCGAUAAUCCGGCCUAUUUACCUGUGCUUAGUGCAAGUUGGGCAACUCCGAUGACUUAUGUAGAAAGGGUGCAGAAUACGUUUAUGAAUCUGUUUUUGAAAUACUGGUUCCAUUUCGAUGUUCAAGAGAAGGAGAAGUCGUUAAUUGAAAAGCAUUAUGGUCUGAAAGUGCCUCUGGAAGAUUUGGCCAAAAAUAUAACAUUGUUGAUGGUCAACACGUUUCAUCCUCUGAAUGGUGUGCGCCCAUCUCUCCCGGGACUGAUCGAAGUUGGUGGUAUGCAUCUUGAUAAUACUAGAAAGCACAUACCGGGGUAUAUGGAGAGAUUCCUCAACGAAUCCGAGCAUGGCGUGGUCAUAUUCAGCUUCGGUUCUCUCAUCAAGACCGCAACGAUUCCUAAAUACAAAGAAGAGAUAAUAACCAGAGCGCUCUCCAAGCUGAAGCAGAGGGUGAUUUGGAAGUAUGAAAACAGUGCAGAGGAAGGUACUCUUACUGGAAACAUUUUGAGAGUGAGGUGGCUGCCUCAGUACGAACUAUUACGUCACAAAAAGGUGGUGGCAUUUUUGGCACAUGGGGGCCUUUUGGGUAUGACUGAAGCGGUAUCUGCUGGUAAACCCAUGGUGGUUGUGCCCUUCUUCGGAGACCAACCAUCCAACGGCGCUGCGGCAGAAGCAGCAGGAUUGGCUAAAGUUGUCUCUUACUAUGAUCUUACUGAAGAAUCGUUAAGUUCUGCUCUAGAAAAGGUCUUAAGUGCUGAAAUGCGUUUGCAAGCGCGUCUACUUUCAAAUAUCUGGAAUGACAGACAAACCCCGCCACUCGAGACCGCCGUGUACUGGGUUGAGAGGGUGAUUCGUUGGGGUCCAGCUGCGAAACUCCAUUCUCCAGCCAGGGAUAUGCCUUUCUACCAACUUGCCUUGCUCGACGUUGCGGCGGCAUUUAUCGCUUUUGUUAUUACUAUUGUUGUUAUUAUUUGGUUUAUUCUUAUGAGGGUAUCAAGGCUCAUUGUUAAGGAACGGAAGCAGAAGUUACAUUAA